AUGUCCUACGAUACACUAGUUCCAACUUCUUUGAUACCUUCACGACCUGCACCCCCCAUUCCCCUCAAACGGGCUGGUGAUGGCCCUUCCACUUCUUCUGUGUUCACUGCCCCGUCGUUCACGAGCCCAGGAUCUGGUUAUCACACUGCUUCCAGUGGGAUCGGCGGUUCCCCUGACCGUCCUGGGUCCUCUUCAGCAAAUGAGGCAGUCAUUCGAAGCGGAUAUACUAGCGUUAAAGAGGAUGGGUUCGCCAGCUGGCUCUGGAUGAAGCGGUGGUUGGUGCUCAAAGAACUAGCCCUGACGUUCCAUAAGAGUGAGACUUCAGGCAUCGGUUCAACUGUACAGCUCAAAGACAUCACGAAUAUUGAACGGACGGAAUUGAAAACAUACUGUUUGUUGAUUGAGACCAAAGAUCGGCGAAUAUGGCUUAGCCUCAAGAACGAUGAGGAGUUGUAUGCCUGGCAGGAUGACAUAUAUUGUCGCAGUCCGUUGAUGGGCGUGAGCAACCCAACAAACUUUGUUCACAAAAUUCACGUCGGAUUCGAUCCCGUCACUGGCGCUUUCACUGGCCUCCCCGAACAAUGGACCAGAUUACUGACAUCCUCCGCCAUUACACGGGAGGACUACCAAAAGAACCCCCAGGCCGUACUGGAGGUUCUCGAAUUUUACACCGAUCACCAAAAACGAGAGUACGAAGAUUUUGGAACCAUUCCAGUCCCCAGGGUCCCCGGCGGCCCUUCCAAUUUGAGGGAUGCAGCACUUACCGCUACCAUCCCACCUGCAGCGCGUUUCAAUGCUGGGACAGGCCUUGCUGGUGCUACUGCCCGUGGCGAGGCUUCCACAACAAAGAGCAGUGUAAGCCCUGCCACCCGACCACCAGCGACUCGUCCUGCGCCUCCACGACCCCUAGAUGCGAAUCGGAAUGCAUCAACAACCCCUAAACCGGUUGCCGGAUCCGUUCCCACUUCCAACCUCCGUCGUCCGCCAGCCGAACCGUUCGCUUCCUCAAAACCCCCUCCGGACAGUCUGGAGCCAACCGUUCGUCCAAAUCCCCCCGUGCGCAAAGAUUCAAUUCCCCAAAGCACCAAUCUCUUGUCGAAGCCUGAAGCAGCUUUGGUUACGCCCUCUGAACUCCAGCGUCCACCACCGACCAAGAGUCACGCCCCAAAGAAACCGUCUGUUCCUCUUCCCACCGAAGAUGCACCGCCUCCACUCGCUGAGACUUCUAACACUCCUAAACGCCCUCCAACACCCAAAGAGAAUAAGGAACGCACUGCGCCGGAGGCUCCUCCCGUUCCUAGUGGUCCUGCCGCCGCGGCCCUCGCUCUAGAAAAGCCUCGUAAAGUACCCGAACAGCGGUACAGCACUAUGUCUGAGGCUCAGAUAAUGGACAAGCUGCGAUCCAUUGUCAGCCAUGACGAUCCCAAAGAACAUUAUUCAACCAUCAAAAAGAUUGGUCAAGGUGCUUCGGGACAAGUAUUUGUGGCGAAGACUCAUGCCACAGGCAAGAAGGUUGCCAUCAAGCAAAUGGACUUGUCAAACCAGCCACGGAAGGAACUCAUCGUCAAUGAGAUUCUUGUAAUGAAAGAGUCGCAACACCCUAAUAUUGUGAACUUCCUUGAUGCGUAUCUCGUUCAGGGUACGAAUCUUUGGGUGGUGAUGGACUAUAUGGAAGGGGGUGCUCUCACUGAUAUCAUCGAGAAUAACCGUCUGGAAGAGGAUCAGAUCGCAAGCAUCUGCCAUGAGACUUGCAAAGGGCUCCGUCAUCUUCACGACCAAAGCAUAAUACAUCGGGAUAUCAAAUCAGACAAUGUUCUCCUAGAUGCGCAAGGUCACGUUAAAAUUACCGAUUUUGGUUUUUGCGCCAAACUCACUGACCAAAAGUCCAAGCGUGCAACGAUGGUUGGUACCCCGUACUGGAUGGCACCCGAAGUAGUCAAACAGAAAGAGUACGGUGCCAAAGUAGACAUCUGGUCGCUUGGAAUAAUGGCCAUUGAGAUGAUCGAGCAAGAGCCUCCAUACCUCGACGAAGAACCUCUCAAGGCGCUUUAUCUCAUUGCUACCAACGGGACGCCUACACUGAAGGACCCAGAAAACCUCAGUAAGGAAUUGAAGAGUUUCCUUAGUGUCUGCCUCUGCGUUGAUGUUCGUAGUCGUGCCUCGGCUAUGGAGUUGCUAACGCACGAAUUUUUGGGCAAGGCAUGCGUAUUAUCUGGGCUUGCACCUCUGCUCCGCUUCAGGAAUAAGCCGCCCCAAUAA